AUGAUUCAGGACACGCUUGAUUUUUUCACUUCCCAAUGGGCCUACGUGUUGCUCGCAGGCUUGGCUGCGCGGGUUCUGUACAACUAUUUUCAAAGGGGACUUUGGAAAGUGCCAGGACCUUUCAUCAGAGGAAUCACCAGUAUUCCUCGCGUCCUUUCGGCUUACCAUGGCAAUUCCCACAAUGACGACAUCAGUCUGCACCGAAAGUACGGCAAACUCGUGCGCCUUGGGCCGAAUUUACUGUCCAUUUCCGACCCUGCGGAGAUUAACCAAAUCUAUGGCAUCGGCACCAAAUUCAUCAAGUCCCGCUUCUACGAACUGUCCUCUGCAUAUGACGACGAGGGCUUGGUCCCAGAUACUUUUGUUCUUACAGACAAGGCCCUUCAUACCAGAAUGAAGAAGAACGCCGCGAACGCAUAUUCGACGAACGGUUUGAUACAAAUGGAAUCGUGGAUUGAACCUGUAACAGAGCGAUUAGUCCGCAAACUUCGCAGACAGGCAGGCCAGCCCGUCGACAUAGCAAGCCUCUUGAAAGACUACGCAAUGGACGCUGUUUUUGCGGUGACAUUUGGCAGAGACUUUAAUUACGUUGAAGAAGGCGAUGUUUUGAAGAUGUACGGCGUCUUGGAGACAGUUAGUGACUAUAUGGCUGUUAUUGGACAAGUACCUUGGAUGCACAAAUUCCUCUUGGCACGGCCCUUGGUGGCUCGACUCGUGUUUGGCGAAGGAGGCGGUGACAAGGAAAUGUUCCAGCUCGCAAUAUCCGAAAUUGAAGCUGCCAAGAAGAAACAGUCAGAGGACGGUCCACUUACAUUUCUCCAGCGGCUGCUCUUGAACCAGGCCAAGAACCCAGCGUCCAUCAAUGAUCGGGAAAUCAUGACCCAUGCAUUUGGUAACAUUGCUGCGGGAAGUGACACCACCGCUAUCGCUUUGCGUUCGGUCUUCUUCCAUGUUCUCAAACAUCCGCAUGUGUAUGAGAAGCUUUCUGAGGAGUUCAGUACCCUGGCGACGCCCGUCAGUUUCACCGACGCCAACAAGCUACCAUAUUUUGGGGCCGUGAUACAGGAGUCUCUGAGAAUGCACCCAUCAGUGGGAAUGAUGCUAGCCCGCCUAGUUCCUGCUGAAGGUGCCGAGAUCUGCGGCCAUAAGCUCCCUGGUGGCACCGAAGUGGGCAUCAACCCAUGGGUACUUCACCGUGACCCAGAGGUCUUUACCGAUCCUGAUAGUUUCCGCCCUGAAAGGUGGCUUCCAACAGAAACAAAUGAGGAGCAUCUUCGGGCUAUGAAUAGGUGCUUCUUUACUUUCGGCCACGGGGCUCACACCUGCAGUGGGCGUUGGAUCAGCCUAAUGGAAAUCAAGAAGAUCGUUCCCACCCUUCUCAUCAAUUUCGAUAUGAAGUUAGUGAAGGAGAGCGAAUAUGGAUUCAAGAACCGAUGGUUCACGCCACAACAUGGUUUAUGGGUCGAAAUGACUCCAAAGGUGUGA